GGAGAUGUAACUGCAAUUUCUAGCCAGUAUAACCCACCCAGUCGUUAUAACAUAGAAGAUAUUUUGUUUAUUUCGAAUGAAUUCGAACGUGGAGCAAGCGCUAUGAUUAGAAACUAGCCACCGGAAGUCAGUCGUUUAAGCCGUAGUUACGUAAAGUCUGGGGGUGACUGAAUCACAUUGAUUUGUUGUUCUCUCUUGUCAUGUCUUACGCCCUUUGAUCUUCUUGUCGGUUAAACUGACUUAUUUCCACUAUUCAGUUGUUUUUUUCCCCCACUUUCUCUAUUUUUUUUCGCAAUCUUUCAAAUUCUAUAUAUUACUAUGACUAUUCUGUCGUAGAAGUAACUACAACGAAAAAGCUAGUGACCAUAACACUGACUGCUCUGUCAUGUCACAAGACGCACUAACAAUGAAAGAACAGAGUUCAUCAUCUGUGCUACUACGCAGAGGUUCUACCAACAAGAUCCCUCUCAAAGAGAAAUUUGUCCAGAUAUAUGAAGCUUUCUUUCAGCUUGAAGACCCUUCAACAGGCAACCCUAACUUUUGGGAUGAAUUAUUUUUGUUAAAAGUCAAGUCUUCCUAUAUUGAGGCAGAAUUUGACAAGUUGAAUGAAGAUGCUUUGGUUUCACUGAAGGACAAUAUCAAUCUCUGGUUUUAUAAAUGUGUGGAGACAUUAAAACAGCAGACUGCACCAUUUCGAGUGGUGAAUGCAAUCCAUACAUUAUGUGCAUUGAUACGCGGAGUAUUCCGGAAGACUCGCAAUAAUUAUGGAUUCGAUAUCAUUAACAUUCUAAUUGGCUUUGAUAUGGCCGAAACGUUGAUGCAAUCAUUGGUAGAAAGCUUAAACAAGUUUCUCACUGGAGACUUUUCCAUGAGUCUCAAACAAUUAUCCUUGAAGCUGCUUCUUGUUCUUGCCACAGCUACCGAUAACAUUUCCCAGAACACCAUGCUAGAAUAUAUUCUCAUCAAUUGUGUCUUUGAAUCCCUUAUUUUGAUUUUGGGCAAUUCCAUUUAUCGACCAACCCUUGGCUAUGAUGCUGUUUUGCUGCUAACGUUAUUGGUGCAAUACAGAAAAUACGAGUCUGCUAAUCCAUACAUUGUGAAAUUAUCCAUUCUAGACGAUGAACUAGCUUUGACUGGUUAUGCUCAGGUGGUUUCGUCAUCUCUUACAGACUUCAACAGAGAAUAUCAGACUAAAAAUUCUGAACCACAAACUGGAUGGUUUUCUGCAAUUGCUAACAUGGUUGGUAACAUGUUUGUUGCAGAAGAGAAGACAGUGGAAUCAGUCAGAGCCAAUGAUUCCAUCUUACUGGCCCUUUAUGAAGCUAUUCACUUAAAUCGUAAUUUCAUCACAGCUCUGACACAUGCACACACACCAUCUACACCAGCAACACCACCUGCGUCUCCAGCAUUCCCUACCUCAUUACCAACAGAAGAACAAGUUUCAGAUGCCACAUUAAAUCCAGAUGAACCAACGAAACAGCCGACCAACUUGUUGGUCACAUUUCUAGAAUACAGUUCCAUUGUUAUGCAGGACACAAAAGAUGAAACUAGAUAUAACAAUGCUAAACUAUGUUUAAUAAUACUCAAUUGCAUUGCUGAGGAUCAGUAUGCCAAUUCUUUAAUGACCGAUAAUAAUAUGACAUUUCGUGUUCCACUGCACAGAAUGCCUAUGCGACAUCGGAAGGUUAAUGUAGACCAAUUUCCUAUGUGUCGUCCGUUGGUCUGUGCACUUCUUGAUCUGAUGGUGGAAUUCAUUCUCAGUCAUUUAAUGAAGAACUUUCCUUCUGAGUUGCAUCUGCGCUGUUUGGGAAUCAUUCAUCGAGUGCUGUGUUACCAAAAGAAGUGCAGAGUGCGCUUACAGUAUUCUUGGAAAGACCUCUGGACUGCUUUAAUGAACCUGCUCAAGUUUGUUCUCAGCCAUGAGUCCUAUUUGGUGAAGAAACACAAUAUCUUUCAUGUUGCAUCGAAGGUUGUUAACAUCUUCAACUUAUUUAUCACCUAUGGUGACACGUUCUUACCUAACCCAACCAGUUAUGAUGAACUCUAUUAUGAAAUCAUUCGAAUGCACCAGGUCUUUGACAAUGUUUAUUCUAUGGCUUUAAGGUACACCACCAAUGAAGGGGAAUGGAAAGACUCUGCAGCAAAAUUGAAGAACCACCUUGGAAAUAUCAGAGCCAUUAUUAACCAUUUUUCCCCUAAAGUGGAUUCUUGGGCUGCACAGAACCAUUUAUCAUCUCUAACAGAGAAACAGGUAUUGGAAGUGGUACAGAGUAAUUAUGAUACUCUCACACUUAAGUUACAAGACAGUUUGGAUCAGUUUGACAGAUAUUCAGAGAAACCAAGAGAAGCUGCUUUCUUUACUCAACUUAUCCGCUCAAUCACAUGUGAUGUACGCAAAAGUGGAACUAACCUGGCACCAAUUCAACAGGAGAACCUUCUUUACCAAUAUCCAAUGAUAUCUUGAUGCCCUCUCUUUACUCUUACUCAGCAAGCAUUAACACACCUGCUAUUGCCAUUGUUUGUAAUUAGGUGGGGAACUAUUAACAGCCAACAUCUUUCCGACCAGUUAUUAUUGAAAUUAAAUUAUUUAUUUCUCGUUAACUUCUCUCAUUAUUUCAACAUAAUGUGGACUGCAGAUGUAUAUUUACAGACUUACAAUGCUGUUUGUCUUUCCUUUAUUUUGGUCUCACUUCUUCAUCCCCUCCCCAUCCCCAUGUAAAUUUUAAAUAAAUAUGUCUACAAAUUAUAUGCAAUAAAUGCAAUUAAUUUU